CCUUGUUUUUGAAUAUACAGUAGUUCAGGGAGGCUGCUUUGGUCGGAUGUUUUUCUCGUCCUGUGAGAGGAGCCCAGCGGGAUAUUAGUGAUUACAGCGGUCUGGAACCUUCCUCACUCAGGUUCAUGUUUAACAUUUGAAUGAUAGAGUUCAGCUAGAAAUACCUUUUUUUCUGCGCUAACAGCUAAGUGGAGAAGGAACUGUUCGUUAGCAGGAAAAUAUGGACUUGCACAUUCUGGACCACAGACUCCGGGUCACCAGCAUAUCCAAGAACGGGCUGAUCAGUUACACCCACCCUCUAAUAAAACUGAUAUUUCUCCGCAACAGGACAUGUUGUAAGUUUUUCAGCCUGACAGAAACGCCUGAAAACUACACCGUUGUCCUUGAUGAAGAAGGAUUUAAAGAGCUGCCGCCCUCAGAGCACCUCCAGGUCGAGAGCUCCAUUUGGCUGUCCCUAAAUGUUGCAUCUAAUGGCAACGCCUACAGCAGCUCACAGGCUGUCGGCGUGACCAAGAUCGCCAAGUCGGUCAUCGCCCCGCUAGCCCAGCAGCACGUCUCCGUCUUCAUGCUCUCCACAUAUCAGACUGACUUCAUCCUGGUAAGAGAGAAAGACCUGUCGGUUGUCAUCAGCACUCUAGAGGAGGAGUUCAACAUCUUCAGGGAGGUGGGAGGAGAGUACCUGCCUGUGGGAUGCCAGGACUUUACCAACGACCUCCAAAAGAACGGCAAAGAAGCCAUCCAACCUACAGUUCACCCGGUGCUGAUCCCUCAGAACCAGUUCUGUGUCAUGUCUCUGGACCCGGAAACACUGCCCUCCAUCGCAACCUUGCUCAUUGAUGUCCUCUUUUAUUCCAAUAGUCCAAAAGAGGACAGCGGCUCGUCAGCAGAUCAGGACUUGGACUGCAUUAAGUUCUUCUCAUUCUCGCUUAUUGAGGGAUAUAUCUCACUGGUGAUGGACACUGAGGCUCAGAGACGAUUUCCUGCUGAUCUUCUGUUCACCAGCUCCUCAGGAGAACUGUGGAGGAUGGUUCGUAUAGGUGGACAACCGCUGGGUUUUGAUGAAUGUGGCAUAGUCGCCCAGAUAUCUCAGCCCCUUGCAGAUGGGGACAUUUCUGCCUACUACAUCAGCACCUUCAGCUUUGACCAUGCGCUGGUCCCUGAGGAGGAUAUAGUGAGUGUGACAGACAUGCUGCACAACCAGAGGAAAGAACCAGCCACCACAUGAUGUUUGGGCCUCCUGGUUUCAGCUUCAUGAUCCCUCUUCUCGUUCAGGUUCCUUUGAACUGCAGCAUCAGGAGAGGAGGCUAACUGUGCCUAGAACACCGCUGCAUUGCCAGCAGUAUUAACGACUACAAGUUUGCCACUAGAAACCAGAAGCACUUCUCCAUAGUGUUCAUGCACAGCUGUAUGAGUUCUCUUGUCUUAGUUAAGCUAGAACGGCUAUGCAGACCCCGUCCCCCGCAUAGGGGCCCUUUAAGUACAAACUUAUGCACACAACAGAGCACAACUGCUCCUUUAGCCACUUGCAGAAAAAAACUGCACUUAUCAGACAUGAAACUGUAAAGGAGACCCUUUGUUUUUCUAGGAUCCCAGGAGAUAUAUCUGGUGAAUGAUUUGAAAGCAAAUAGUUUUAAAGAAGGACCCCCUUAUGUAGCCUAAGUCCUAAAUACAAAGAA